AUGGGCGACGUUGUUACGAUCAGAACGAGGAAAGUGCUUUCGAACCGCCUCCUUUACAGGAAACAAAUGGUUGUCGAAGUUCUGCACCCUGGACGAGCCACAGUUCCCAAAACUGACAUUAAGGAGAAGAUUGCUAAGCUGUACAAAACGACCCCUGAUGUCGUCAUUCCUUUUGGUUUCCAGUCAGCUAUCGGAGGCGGAAAGACAAAGGGAUUCGCUCUUGUCUAUGAUACUCUAGACUAUGCAAAGAAAUUUGAGCCCAAGUACCGCCUCAUCCGCAUGGGACUUGCACAAAAAGUUGAUAGGGGCGGCCGCAAGCAACGCAAGGAACGAAGAAACCGACAAAAGAAGGUGCGCGGUGUCAAGAAGGCAAGCGUUACAGCUGGAAAGAAGUAA